ACAAAACACAGAGGCGGCUGGCUUGAUCGUGUUUUUCCAAGUCGAGACUGGCCUUAUUGCAGUGGUUUUAGAGGGUGUGGUUUGGUGCACGGAGCUUUAUUUCAAAAGGGCUGCAGUCAACCCUUCACUCUUCACCUCAGCUGCUGCACCUACGUCAACAGAAACAUGGGCAAUGACUCAGGACCCAACGUAACUAAUGACGAGGAGCUGAGGAUGGUGAUGGUGGGGAAGACUGGGAUUGGGAAGAGCGCCACUGGAAACACCAUCCUGGGACGAAAGUGCUUUGACUCCAAGUUCAGUGCUAAGUCCAUGACGGUCGACUGCUCUAAAGGCAGAGCUACGGUAGAUGGACAACAGAUCUCUGUCAUCGACACCCCCGGCCUGUUUGACACCAGGUUUGACGAGGAGAGAACACAACGGGAUUUAAAUCAGUGCAUCAAUUACGCUGCUCCCGGACCCCACAUCUUCCUGGUGGUCAUCAGGCUGGGCAGAUUCACAGACGAGGAAAAGCAGACGGUGCAGAAGAUCCAGGAAAUCUUUGGCCAGGCUGCAGACAGGUACAGCAUGGUCCUCUUCACUGGUGGAGACCUUCUUGAAGACACCACUAUUGAGGAGUUCUUGGACACAUGCUUAGACCUUCAGGAGCUUGUGGGCAGAUGUAACGGCCAGUACCACGUCUUCAAUAACAAGCUGAAGGAUGAGGAGGCUCGCUCUCAGGUCAGUGAGCUGCUCCACAAGAUCAGGAACAUCGUCGCGAAGAACGGGGGAAGCCACUACACCAGCGAGAUGUUCCAGGAGGCCGAGAGGGCGAUCGAAGAGGAGAAACAACGAAUCCUGGAGGAGAAAAAAGAGCAGAUCCGUAAAGAGAAAGAGGAGGUGGAGAGGCAACUUCAGGAAGAUUUCCAAAAGGAGAUGAAAAAAAUUCGUAAUCAACAAGCAGAGGCCAAAAAGGAGGAGAUUGAAAAAAUGAUGAAAGAAUUAGAGGAAGAGCAUGAAAGGAAAAUGAGAGCGGAAAAGAAAAGAAUUGAAGAACAACGUGAAAAAGAGGCCAGGGCUAAGGCUGAAAAGAGUGCACGUCAGAGCGGCUGGUGUGUGAUCCUGUAAUAAAUUCAACAAAACCAACGCAUGUUAGCUUCUAACCUCAGUGCAGCUCAUCUUCAUGUCAAGACAAAUUAAAUCUUUUUGAACAAAUGUUCUACUAAAACUAGAAUCACCUCCUCGUGUUGUAUCCCUCCCCCAACUGACUAGUGUCAGGUCACAUCCUGUUUACCCAGAGUCAUAGAAAAUAUGAACCAUUUGUGUGAAAUUGUUAUAGAUUUUCACUAGAAUAUAGUAUGCAUUAUAAAUAUACUGAAUGUUAAACUUAUAUAAUCCGAUGAAAUAGCUAUAGUCACAACUGAGGUUAGAUUUGUUGCUGUUGUUGUUUGGGUUCUUCUGCCUUUGUUCUCUUGUAUGCUUAUGCUGUUUUGUCAAAGCACUGUAAACCCUUGUUUUAAAAGAGGCUAUAUAAAUAAAGGAAUUAUUAUUAUUUGUAUGUAAACCAGCCUCUGCUGAAGUAGGAUUGUUAUAAAAUUGAACCUGGAGGGAAUAAAGUUAGAAGAAAUGGUCUGAAGGCCCGUGAGCAGUGGUGUUGGAGAAGCAGCUGUAGUGAGACCCAGGUUCAGGAUAGACAGGAGACCCAGGUUGAGGAUAGACAGGAGACCCAGGUUGAGGAUAGACAGGAGACCCAUGUCGUGGAUAGACAGGAGACCCAGGUUCAGGAUAGACAGGAGAUCCAGGUUGGAGAU